AUGGCUGCGAUAUAUAGUCUUUACAUAAUUAACAAAUCUGGUGGUUUGAUAUUCUACAAGGAUUGUGGAACAAAGGGAAGGAUGGACACGAAUGAUAGUUUGAGAGUAGCGAGUUUAUGGCAUUCGAUGCACGCCAUUUCUCAGCAGCUUUCACCUGUAAAUGGCUGUUCUGGAAUCGAGCUUCUCGAAGCCGAUACUUUUGAUCUCCAUUGUUUCCAGUCUCUCCCAGGAACAAAGUUCUUUGUGGUUUGUGAACCUGGAACUCCUCACAUGGAGAGCCUCCUUAGAUACAUUUAUGAACUCUACACUGAUUAUGUCUUGAAGAAUCCUUUCUAUGAGAUUGAAAUGCCUAUCCGUUGCGAGCUUUUUGAUAUCAACCUUACUCAAGCAGUACAGUCGGAUCGCGUUGCAUUGUUAGGACGGUGA